CCAUGUUUUUACAGCCAGAAGGUGUCAGGUGAGCAGCUCGGUGCUCCAGCUCUUAGCUUGGAUUAAAGAACGUUGCUCGGUUUUCGCCGGUUGCAGGUUUUGUUUACCGGCGGUACGUGUUGUUGUUUUGCGCGAAGAAACCGAACUACAAUAACAAUUCCGCCAAUUGAAGAUAAUCCUGCAUAUCAGCCGAGGGUCAGAGGUCACCAUGGGGUCAGCAGUGGAGAGGACAGACGAACACGUGAGAGAGUAUCUGGUCUACCGCGGCUUCACCAGCACUCUCAAACACCUGGACAGCGAGGUUAAAGCCGACAAGGAGAAAGGCUUCAGGGUGGAUAAGAUCAUCGAUCAGCUGCAGCAGUUUGUCCAGAGCUUCGACCUGUUUGGUCUGAAGGAGUACUGGCUUUACCUGGACAGACGUCUGUUCUGCAGACUGGAGGACGUUUACAGAUCCACGGUCAACAAGCUGAGAACCAGCCUGUACAGAUACUACAUCAUCAACACCAUCCAGAAAGGGAACCUGGAGAAGACUCAGGAGUUUUUCCAGAAGCAGGCGUUGGAGCUGCAGGGCCAGGCCGAGUGGCGCGAUUGGUUCAUACUGCCUUUCAUCCCCGCUCCCGAGCAGAACCCCGCCUUCUCUCCAUACUUCUCCCGCCAGUGGGCCGACACCUUCCUGGUUUCACUGCACAACUUCCUGUCUGUCCUCUUCCAGUGUAUGCCCCAGCCGGUCCUGCUGAGUUUUGAUGCUGAAGUUCAGAAGACAACCAGCGUGACAGAAGAGAAUGAACAGCUCCGCCAGCUGCUGUUUGCCCUGCAGACAGAGAGUCGGGACCAGAGAGAAGGAGACGAGAUGGUCCACCACAAGCUGCCGGUGUACGUCCAGAACAUGGACCGACUUGGAGACACUGAGCUGGACUUGGUGUCGAGCCAGCGCGCUGUCAGCACCGCCACCACUCCUUCCAGAAACUUCUUCUCUACAUUCCUACCACAGGGCAGACGCACUCCAGGGAAACCACCUCAGUUCACCACCGGGUCCUCACCAAGCCAGGUAGCAGUGGGCAGGAAGGAUCCAGCGACCAAUCUGCCUGCAAAGUCAAAAGAGGCAGUCCAACCUAAGGAAGUGAAGCCAGUUUACAGCCAGGCAUCAACUAGUGAACCUGUGAGCUCCCAGUCCCAACAGUCAACAAACCAGUCAACACAUCCCAGACACAAGAGAAUCCAGGAUCAUGAGAAAGAGAGAAAGGAGCUUUUCUCCAAACCGCUAUCACAGACACCAGAGAAGAAGGGGGAGGCAGGCGAGGUAGAGCCUCUUGCCGAGACCUCCAGUGAACCUCCUGAGGGGAGGGAGGAGGGAGGAGGUCUGUCAGCAGAACAGCCUUUCAUCAAACUGAGCCAGGAGGAAUAUGGAGAACACCACUCUUCCAUCAUGCACUGCAGGGUUGACUGUUCUGGUCGGCGGGUUGCCAGUUUGGAUGUAGACGGAGUCAUCAAGGUGUGGUCGUUCAACCCCAUCAUGCAGACCAAAGCCACCAUCAUGUCUAAGUCUCCUCUGCUGUCUCUAGAGUGGGCCACCAAACCCGACAGACUGUUAUUACUAGGCAGCGGUGUUGGCACGGUGCGGCUGUAUGAUACGGAUGCCAAGAAGAAUCUCUAUGAGAUGAAUAUCGACGAAACUCAUCCACGUAUCUUGUCUUUAGCCUGCAGUCCCAGCGGUUCGUCGUUUGUCUGUUCAGCUGCAGCUCUCAGUCGAUCUGGGAGCUCCGAUUCUGUCCCUCGACUUCCUAUCCCGGUCUCAGGACAGCUGCUGCUCUGGGACACCAAGACUGUCAAACAACAGCUCCAGUUCUCUUUAGAACCUGAACCCGUAGCCAUUAACUGCACAGCCUUCAACCACAAUGGAAACCUGCUGGUGACCGGAGCUGCUGACGGAGUCAUCAGACUGUUUGAUAUGCAGCGGUAUGAGAGCGCUAUGAGCUGGCGAGCUCACGAUGGUGAAGUUUACAGCGUGGAGUUUAGCUACGAUGAAAACACCGUCUUCAGCAUCGGAGAAGAUGGCAAGUUCAUCCAGUGGAACAUCCAUCGGUGUGGGGUGAAGCAGUCGGAGCAGGUCUUACCUCAGGACGCCACAGGGCCCUUCGUCCUGUCAGGGUAUAGUGGAUACAAACAGGUUCAGGUUCCUCGAGGUCGGCUCUUUGCUUUCGACUCUGAAGGACAACACGUCCUGACCUGUUCCAGCACCGGAGGACUUAUAUACAGACUCACCAAUGGGGAGCCGGCUCUGGAGAACGUGCUGUCACUGGGCGGGCACAAAGCACCAGUGGUGACAGUUGAUUGGUGCUCUGCUGUGGACUGCGGCACCUGCCUGACCGCCUCCAUGGAUGGGAAGAUCAAACUGAGCACGCUCCUGGCACAGAAGUCCUAAACGAACACCUGCAAAUGUCAUCAGAGUUUAUAAUAAACUGAUUCACUGAUAGAGAUUAUUCCAGAAUGUAGUACAGUUUGUUGUAUUGAUCAUGAGCUGAUACAAACUCACCAACCUGUUAUAAAUUCAUAUUAACAUUAAAAUCUCACUGAAG